CACUUAUUAAUUUAGAGUUCACAAUAUUCGGUCACACUUGUUAAAAUGUUGUCCGCACGUUUAUACUCUUCGUAUCGUUUAUUCUCAACAAAUUUAACAAAAAACGCUGUUAACAAAAACGCGGUUGGUGGCAAAAGCCUGGUAGACAGUGUUGCCGUAACAAAAAAUGGCAAAAUAAUUGUAGCUUGGCAUCCGGACACUCCUUUUCCUUACGAACACACAAAACCCCUGCCUCAGUUGGUCGAGAAGCAAAGCUCCAAUGUUAUCAAGGAAACUGCGCUGCAGACGGCAAUGACUGCGUUUAAAAACAAGUUCCCAGAGGUAGCACGCCAGGAGCUUAUGAAGUUAACACAUACUACAAAGCACCGUUGGUUCCCGCGUGCUCGUGACAAGAAGGCCAAAAAUACGCCCAUGGAUAGACCUUACUUGUAAACACUACAUAUUACAUAAGUGCUUUUUAUAGGCAAUAAAAAUAUGAAAAUGAAUUAAAGUGCUGUUUAUUAAGAAGAACAAAAAAUAAAUAAA